UGCCCCCGCCCCGCCGGGCUUCCCCGGGGCCCCAGGCCAGCAGGGCACGUGCCCAGCCCCGGGCCGGCGCCUCAGCCGACGGGACCGAGCAGCCGGAGGAGCCGGCCCGGCCCGGCCCCGCGUGUCGGGCGCCGGCAGCAGCGCUCGGACCGGCGGCCCCGGCCGGGGAGCGGGGCUGGGGCGGGGACGGGCCGGGCGAGCAGAGGCACUUUCCUGCCCGGCCCCGGCCCGAGGUCUCCCCAGCCGCCGUGCCCGGCGCGGGAGCUGCUGCGGGCGGGGCCGGGGGGCGCGGCAGGCAGCCGGGGGACGCGGAGGCUGCAGAAUAACAUCCAUAUUUUGCUCUGGAUUAUUCCAUCCUCCCAAAGGAAAGGAAAUGGCGUCGGAGGAACCAGCUCAGGGGCCGGUGAUCUUCGAGGAGCUGGCUGUGUACUUCACGGAGGGGGAAUGGGCUCUGCUAGACCCUGCUCAGAGAGCCCUCUACAGGGAGGUCAUGCAGGAGAACUAUGCCACUGUGGCCUCACUGGGGUUUCCAGUUUCCAAACCUGAUGUGAUCUCCCGGCUGGAACGAGGGGAAGAGCCAUGGGUCCCAGAUCUCCAGGGCUCUGAGGAAAGAGAGCUCCAGACAGGAGAUGGGAUGCUGAGUGAGAACCAGGAGAAGAAUCCGCAGCAGGAAGAUGCUGAGCAAGUUGAACCACGAGGGACAUUAGCAGGAAGAACCAAAGGGAAAGUUUCUUGGAGUUGUGCAGAGGCAAAAGCCUGUGAGAGUCAGCAUAGGCCAGAGAAAAGCUUCCGUAGCGACUCAGACGUUAUUAGACAUGAGAGAAUUAACAUGGGAGAGAGACCCUACACAUGCCUUGAGUGUGGAAAAAGUUUUAGUCAGAGCUCAAACCUCAUCACACAUCAGAUAAUCCACACAGGAGAGCGACCCUACACGUGCUUUGAGUGUGGGAAAAGCUUCAGUCGGCGCUCAGACCUGAUCAAACAUCAGAGAGUCCACACGGGAGAGCGACCCUACACGUGCUCUGAGUGUGGGAAAAGCUUCAGCCAGAGCUCAAGCCUCAACAAACAUCAGAGAAUCCACACAGGAGAGCGUCUCUACACAUGUCUUGAGUGCAGGAAAAGUUUUAUAAACAGAUCACACCUUCUCGCACAUCAGAGAAUCCACACAGGAGAGCGACCCUACAUGUGCUCUGAGUGCGGGAACAGCUUCAAACUCUACUCUCACCUCAUCACGCAUCUGAGAGUCCACACAGGAGAGCGGCCAUACACAUGCCUUCAGUGCGGGAAAAGCUUCAGCCAGAGGUCACAGCUUACCACACAUCAGAGAAUCCAUACAGGAGAGCGACCCUACACGUGCUCUGAAUGUGGGAAAAGCUUCAAACACAAGUCACACAUGUUGGCACAUCAAAGAAUCCACACUGGGGAGACACCCUACACAUGCUCUGAGUGUGGGAAAAGGUUUAGUGGGAGCUCAACAUUCAGCGUACAUCAGAGAAUCCACACAGGAGAGAGACCCUACUCGUGCUCUGAGUGUGGGAAAAGCUUUUGUUGGAGUUCAGCUUUUAUCAAACAUAAGAAAAUCCACACAGGAGAUGGGAUGGUGAGUGAGAACAAGGAGUAUUCCCAGCAGGAAGAUGCUGAGCAAGUUGAACCGCAUGGGACAUUAGCAGGAAGAUCCACAGGGAAAGUUUCUUGGAGUUGUGCAAAGGCAAAAGCCUGUGAGAGUCAGCAUAGGCCAGAGAAAAGCUUCCGUAGUGGCUCAGACCUUAUUCGACAUGAAAGAAUUAAUAUAGGAAAGAGACCUUACACAUGCUCUGAGUGUGGGAAAAGCUUUAGUCAGAGCUCAACCCUUAUCACACAUCACAGAGUUCACACUGGAGAGAGGCCGUACACAUGCCCUGAAUGUGGGAAAAGCUUCAGUCACGGCUCAGCCCUGAUCACACAUCAGAGAAUCCACACUGGAGAGACACCCUUCACAUGCCCUGAAUGUGGGAAAAGCUUCAAUCACAGUUCAAACCUCAUCAAACAUCGGAGAAUCCACACAGGAGAGACACCGUACACGUGCUCUGAGUGUGGGAGAAGUUUCUGUCGGAGUUCAGCCCUUAUCACACAUCAGCGAAUCCACACAGGUGAGACACCCUACUCGUGCUCUGAGUGCAGGAAAAGCUUCAGUGAGAGUUCAGAUCUUAUUAGGCAUUGGAUAAUCCACACAGGAGAGAAACCCUACACAUGCCCUGAGUGUGGGAAAAGCUUCAACCACAGCUCAAACCUGAUCACACAUCGGCGAAUCCACACUGGAGAGACGCCCUAUACCUGCCUUGAGUGCGGGAAAAGCUUCAGCCAGAGCUCACACCUUAUCACACAUCGGCGAAUCCACACGGGAGAGCGACCCUACACGUGCUCUGAGUGUGGGAAAAGCUUCUGUCGAAGCUCAAACCUCAUCACACAUCAGAGAAUCCAUGUAGGGAAGACACUUUCCUCAUGCUCUGAGUGUGGGAAAAGCUUCCGUCGGAGCUCAGCCCUUAUUAGUCAUCAGCGAAUCCAUAGAGGAGUGACAAACUACACAUGCCCUGAGUGCGGGAAAAGCUUCAACCGGAGCUCACACCUCAUUACACACUGGAGAAUCCACACGGGAGAGAAACCCUACACAUGCUCUGAGUGCGGGAAAAGCUUCAAUCGGAACUCAAACCUGAUCACACAUCAGAGAGUCCACACAGGAGAAACACCCUACACAUGCUCUGAGUGCGGGAAAAGCUUUAGUCAGAGCUCAACCCUCAUCACACAUCAGAGGAUCCACACAGGAGAGAGACCCUUCACCUGCCCUGAGUGCGGGAAGAGUUUUAGUCAGAGCUCAACUUUCAUCAAACAUAAGAGAAUCCACAUAGGCUCCAGAGGCGAUCCAGGUACUUAUAGGCUUUCAGGGUUUCCAGUUUCCAAACCUGAUGUGAUCUCCUGCCUGGAACGAGGGGAAGAGCGGUGGGUCCCAGAUCUCCAGGGCUCUGAGGAAAGAGAGUUCCAGAAAGGUGCCCAGACAGGUGAUCGGAUGUUGAGUGAAACUGGAGCAGAAUCUACAGCAGGAAGAUGCUGAGGAAGUAGAACCACAUCGGACGUUAACAGGAAGAUCCAAAGGGAAAGUUCCUUGAAGUUGUGCAGAGGCAAAAGUCUGUGAGAG